AUGUUUGCCAAAAAGUUUUUGGAUCCAUUUACAAACUUUCUCGACAUCUGCGAACACACACAAGGAGAGAAGCCAUAUGUCUGUUUUUGUGGCGACAGAUUUAGUCGCUCAGAUGUCCUUCGCAUUCAUCAAAAAUCUAAACAUAUUCCUUAUAGUACAGAGGGCUAUGAUCAGCAUACAGGUCAAGCACUGCCCCAAGUGGCACCAAUAACACCAAAGCCCAAGGUUAAGAAGGCCCCAAAGGUUAUGAAGUCUGAUGGAAUAUAUACAUGUGAAUAUUGUGCUAAGGAGUUUAAAGCUGGAUAUAAGCUCACAGUCCACUUAAGAUAUCAUACAGGAGAAAAGCCUUAUGUGUGUGACUUCUGUGGGAAAGCUUUUGCACGCAGAGACCAUAUGAAAAAACACAGAAAAAUUCAUACAAAGUGA